AUGUUUCCUGUUCUACUAUUUAUCUUUUGCAAUGCUUUGUACAUCGUGCAAACCGAAGAUUUUUUUCUUCAUUUCGUUACAGAUAAUAGUGUUGAAACUAUCGAACUUUUCAAACUUAAACGGAAUGUACCAGCACUUACUAGUGGUAAAGAAACAGAUAACGAUACUAUUCAGCCAAGUAAUAAACUGCUAAUAGACAAUAUACUUGUAUCACCAGACGGUUUAAUAGUAUUUGAAGACUAUUCAUUUAACAUUGACAGUUUGGAAAAAGAGACAAAAAUUUAUAAGCACGUUAUAUUUCAAACGCAAAGAAGAUCUGAAACUAUUAAAAAACACAAUGUAGUAAUUUUUCUUGUUUUUUUAGAUUUAAAAAUUAUAGAUAGUCGUACACUAUAUACAAGAAUUGAAACAUUUUCUUACGUUUAUUUUCCAUUUUCAUUAAGUAAAUGUUUGUCUAUUAAAGGCAAUACUAUAAGAUUAUAUGAUAAAAUUUAUACGUUUAACGAGAAUAUAGUUGCAGUUUAUGAUACCAUCGAUUAUAAUGGUGUAACUUAUAUGAAUAAAAUUUAUACUAAUAACAAUUUACAACUUUAUACACCUAAAGUUGUAUUUUUAAAAGUAUACAAUUUUAAAUAUUUGAUUUUACUUGCUUUACCAGUACUAUUACUUUGGUAUAAUAAACAGAAAAAAAUAAAGUUAAUGAAUAUAGAUUACGAAACCGAAUUUUACACAAUCUAUUAUGGAACUUACAACAAUGCGCCAGCAAUUAUUAAAAAGUACAAACACAAGAAUAAUUCUUUUUAUGAUGAAAUUGGUCUUCUAGGCAGACUUGAUCAUUCUUCAAUUAAAAAAAAUUUAUAUUAUGAUAAAGGACUUUACAGGCCGUACAUGGUUUUCGAGUAUUCUGAUCGGGUAAAACAUAUGACAAAAGGAGAUUUGUUACAGUUUACACAGGUAAUUGCGUACUUACAUGAGCAAAAUUUGGUUUAUAAAAACUUUACACCAAAUAACAUUAGAAGAAAAAACGGUCGCAUUGUCUUAUUUAACAUUGGUUCACAGAGUGAUAACACAGGAUGGUAUGUUUGUACUACCGAUUCUGAUGAAUUUUCGCAAGAUUUGCAAUCUGUAGGUGUUAUUUUACAUUAUUUUAUAACAGGAUAUCAUCCGUAUGAAACAUUAGUUGAUGAUAAUGAAACUUAUAAAUUUGUUUACAGAACGAAUGAUGAUUAUAAAAAAGAAUUUUCUGUCGAUAAUAAAACCGUUACACUUAAAAAUUAUACUAGAGAACAAUUAGAAGAAUUAGAACAAAAUAUGAAAAUUCGUAGAUAUAAAAUACGUACAGUAAAUUCUCUUGAGCAUGAUUUAAUUUAUCACACAAUAAAAAAUAAAACUACAAUGGCUAAAUUAGCUAAGCAUCCAUAUUUUUGGUCACAAGAAAGGAUUUUUAAUUUUCUAGCAAAUUUUUCGGAUUUGGUUGAAGGAUCUUCAUCUCAGAUUCGUAGACUCGAGCGGAAUAAAAAUAGAAUUUUUGAAAUGCCAUGGGACAAUUAUCUUGAUGAUAUUGUUAAAGAUGAAUUGGAAGUUUUUAGAUAUUAUAAUUACAAUAAUGCUCGAGAUUUAAUUAGGGUUAUUAGAAAUAAAGGAAGACAUUAUAAUCAAAUUCCAGAAGUAGUUCAAGAAAUUUAUAAAAGUUUUCCAAACGGAUUUAUUGAUUAUUGGAUGACUAUUUUUCCAAAAUUACUGAUAGUUUGUUAUAAUUGUGGAGAAUCAUUGAAGGAUAAUGAUUUACUUAAAGAUUUUUAUUAA